AUGCCCCCCACCAAACAUGCUGAACCCGCAGAGCCCUACGACCUCUUGUCACCAAUCGUCCGCGUAACAGACUGGUGCCUUUCAUGGCGCCCAGUUCGUUACCUCGUCCUCAUUAGUCUCCAACCCUUAGUGGUUGGUAGAUACAUUUACGAGCGGACAGCACCCAAGCGAUUUGUUUCGACCGCGUUGGGAAUGUCUGGGAGCCCAAAGAAGGGGAGACAACGAACAAGCUCGACUGAUUCGCAUUCUAGCGAUGUGAGCGUCGGGGAUAGACGACGGAGUAGAGUGCGAACAAAGUUUCAUCGUAACUCUGUGACAGGAGCAAGUGAUUUGGGGAGCGAGACGAGCGGCUCUGUUUACAGUGUUGCUUCAACUAUACCCGCUUCUUUACCCCCAAUAAACCGAAUGGCUGUCCUUCGGACACCUGACUCUUGCUUUAAAGAUCUGGAUCAGUUCUUUCCUUACAUUCCACAUUAUUUCAAAGUGGGUCCAAUGAGAGUCCAUUACGUGGACGAGUACAUCCCGUCGCAAUCUGCGAAUGGUUUGCCAAGUAAAACUGUCGUGCUACUCCACGGAGCAUUGACGUGGAGUUACUUGUAUCGUAAAAUGAUAACGCCACUUAUACAGGCUGGCGUGCGCGUGAUUGCGCUAGACUUGCCUGGCCACGGAAAAUCUGACAAGCUCACCUCUUCAAAUACGUCCCUCCUUCACCUUCAAGUGGCAGCAGUCCGUCAUUUUCUCACUACCUUUUUUACACCGGAGAUGGAUGUGACGUUGGUUGCCCAUGGUUGGGGAGGCACGGUCGCGUCGAUUACGUUGGCGGAGAUGGGCGAAUUUCAGAAUAGGGUGACGCGGCUGGUGCUGAUGAAUACAUUUCUACCUCCGCACCAGGAGGAAAGUACUGGGCGUGAAAUCGAGAAUUCGCUGCUGGCAGCCACGUGGUUUUAUUGCUUCCGUACGAUAACGUCCGUGUCGACCAUGAUACGGAGUGCUUCUGCGAUAUCUACUCGCAAGUCGAUUGGUGUUACUGAAUCAAGAGGAUAUGAUGCGCCGUAUCCAACUCUCAACCACCGUCUAGCACCUUCGGCUCUCCCCAGGAUUCUUCCCUUGCCACUCUUCUCCGACCCUCUCAUCCUCCGCAUACGUGAAUUGGCACCUUUUUUGAACAAAACACCAAUGAUUCGCGAAUUGUUUACAAACAACGCUGAUGUGGAGGUGGAGACCGAAAAGGCAAAAUUAUUUUUGGCAGAUUAUGCAAAAAGGGUUAGGACGUGGGUUGAUGGGCGGAUUGGCGGUGCGAAUAUCGUGAGAGCGAGAGAAAGGGCGUUGGUUAUUUGGGGCCGCCAAGACCGUCUGUGGGGUGGAUUGGGAACGUGGUUUGCCGACUUGAUGGGAUGCCGAUGUGUUUACUUGGAUGGGGCCGGCCAUUACCUUCCCGAAGACGAUCCAACUGGCGUCGUGCAACAUCUUUUGGAGUUUAUAAAGAAUUAG